CCAUGCGAUUAAUUGCGAUUAAAUAUUUGAAUCGUUGCCCAGCACUACUUUAAGCUAACUUUAACUUUAAGCUAACUUUAAUUUUAAGCUGUAUUUUAACUGUAUUCUAACUUUAAACUGUAUUCUAACUUUAAGCUGUAUUCUAACUUUAAGCUAACAUUAACUUUAAGCUGUAUUUUAACUUUAAGCUAACUUUAACUUUAAGCUAACUUUAACUUUAAGCUUACUUUAAGCUGUAUUCUAACUUUAAGCUAACUAACUAAUGUCAGUAAAUGGACCUCGAGUCAGAAUCAAAAGAAGUGUUUAUAUGUACAGUCUAGUGAAUCAAGUCUAGUUGCAUUGUGGGUCAUUUAGGCUCCAGGUUUCUGGAGGAAGAACAAUGUGUGAUUUCACAUCCCUGUCUCUGAAGAAAUAUGUUACAACAAAUUAUGUUUUAAGGAAAAACGUCUUUUGUUGGUGGAUUCAAUUUAUUUUCGUAGGGAGGAAGUCGGGGGGGUGGACGGUCUUUAUGUCUCGUGUGAACUAAAUUCUUUUGUUGUGUCAAUUUCGUAGUCAUUUUAAGUCAAACCCUGAUGUUUUAAGUAAGCCUAACGAAGUAGUUUUAUAGCGUUUUUAGUUUUGAUUUGUUCGUUAACCACGUGUUUGGAACGAUUUAAAACUCGCUCGGUCCUGAAGAAAAUAUGUUUCGCUCGAAACGUAAUUGAGAAUAACGUUUAGUUUUAUGGAAACAUAAUUUUGUAGGAGAGAGAGUUGGACUAAAAAAAGACGAUAUCUGUGUUUCUUCUGCAUCGACGGAAACGUUCCUUUGAACAGUGUUUUAGGAGAGCAAUGCUAAAUCAGUGGAGCAGUAAUUCAAUGUGAUCAUUUAUCGUCUUUGAACGAUAUUAUAUUGUUCAUGGAGAUUCCCAAUCAACGUUGUUUAAAUAGAGAAUAACAAGUAGACAAUCUGAUUAUUUUGCAUUAAAGUUCUUAAAUGAGAAAGUACUAUUUAUAUGUCAAUAAUUUGACAUGUGGUCAUUAAAUAUGGGAUUUAUUUAUUGGAUUUAUUGUAUUAGCAGAAAACAUGCUAUAUAUUGUGAUAUAUAUCCUCAUCGAGGUAUGAAACGACUUGUGUAUAAAGGGAUUGAGGAUUUGGGCCCAAUACACAGAUAGUAGAAGUAAUGGGGGGUAAAAUCUGUUCCUGGUGGUAGAGUUAGAAGUAUUCUUGGUAGUAGUACAUGAUGCAAAAGGAAUGGAAAUAGUUCUCUCAGCAGUUCAUGUCUCCGUCUGUCCUCCUUCAGGCUGCGAUGGGAAACACAGACAGUCACAGCGGCUUCGUCUCUCCUGCCAAGUCCUCCAGCUCGCUCAGGUUCUCCUCCAGGAGGGAGGAGGUGCCGUCGGCUCGCAGCUGGUGGAGGAGCAGCCAGGGUAGCGGCAGGAGCCGGGUGAGAAGCUACAUGAACCAGCGUGCUGCCGACCCACCGUACACCUCCUGGCACUAUGAGCCCAGAGCCACCAGAGGAGGAGCCGGAUCUCCUCAGAGGUUCCUCAGAGGGAACCAGUUUGGCUUCGUGGAGGGCGGCGGCGAGCGGACGUCCGUGGAGAGUGGCAGUGGCAGCCCGAAGGUGCUGCUUGGCAAAGACGGCAGCAUGAGGGUGGAGUUCACCAACGCCAGAGGAGUCUGCAAGGAGCCAAAGGGGCUCCUCCCCGCCGCCGCUACCGCAGUCACCGAACCCUCCCUCCGCACCAGUAAAGGCAGCUCGCUCAGCUCCAACGGCUCCUGGUACGACUCGCCGUGGGGCACCGGCGGCGAGCUGGUCGACAACGUGUUUGUCUGCGGGCAGAGUGCGGCGAACAGGUUCACCGAGGAGACCGCCAACAACACCACCACCACCGUCUUCUCGGCCCAGGUGGACGUCUCACCUGGAUCCGACACCGGCGACUUUGCCAUCGCCGCCGUCGCCGGUUACAACACCUGCUCCUCCUCCGGGCGAACGGAGGACAGCGGCAUCGGAGACUCGGUGAUCCUGCCGGCCGACCUGAGAGACUUCAGCCCGGCGUCGCCGUCCUCCUCCUCGCUGGACAGCGUUUACCACAACGCGCUGCCCGCCUUCCCCACCACGACGCCGGACGACACGCUGCAGCAGACCACCACCACCGCCUCCUCCAAUGAUGUCAUCCAGGAAGAGGAGGGGUCAGGAGGAGGCGUGGAGCAGCGUUACUCCUCCGUGACGCUUCCCUGUCGCAGGGCCGAGAACGGCCGCAAAGACUUCCUGAAGAGCCGAAUCCGCCGACUCAGCGACUGGACCGGAAGUCUGAGCAGGAAAAAGAGGAGGAUCCAGGAGCCGAACGGCAGCGACACCACCGAUGUCUCCGUUGACCGGCCGGACUGCAGCACCUUGUGGUCCUCCAACCCUCUCCACACCCUGAACCUGAACCAGUACCAGUUCACACCAGCCCACUGUGGCUCCUCCAGGAGCCUGAACCAGAACCAGAGCAGCGACGUCCAGCGGCAGAACGUCUAUGAAAGCUUCAUGCAGGAGCUAAAGACAGGCUGCAGCAGCACAGCUGAGAGGACGGAGGAGGAGGAGGAAGAGGAGGAGGAAGAGGUGGAGGAAGGAGACGAGGAGGUGGGAGGAGGCGAGCAGCUGGACGUCCUGUGUGAGGAGGAGCAGGGCGUGGUGCGACGGGCUGGCUGGCUCUCCUUCAAAGCUCUGAUCACCGUCAGUAAAGACAGGAAGCUGGAGCUGGUGGCUCGACGCAGGUGGAGAGGCUACUGGGUCACUCUGAGAGGUACGGGAAGUACUGGAGGUGCUGGAGGUAUGGGAAGUACUGGUACGGGAGGUACGAGAGGUACUGGAGGUACGGGAAGUACUGGUACGGGAGGUACGGAGGUACUGAUACGGGAGGUACUGGAGGUACGAGAGAUAUGGGAGAAACUGGGAGGUACAGGAG